AUGCCUUCUAUGGAGCGGCUGCUUUCUCCAACUCUGCCGAGCACGUUGCUCAUGCUGUUUUUUGUCACGAUCGUUAACGCAGGUUAUCAAAGGGAUGCCAUUGAAGUGAAAAAGGAAAUCUGUCCGCAAUGUCACAAAAUGGAGAAUGACAUGAUUCAAGAAUUUUUUGUGGUCACGAAGGUUGGUCCCGAAGACAGGCUUUUUAAGUGUCAGUUUUAAAUUUGCUGUUUUAUAUUUUUUAGUUUUUCGUUGCUUACCGACGUUUUCAAUUGUAUAUAUUUCAGCCGACAUUCAUGGUUAUAUUACCCCCGAAACGGCUCUUUACAGUCCUAACAUGUUCUACUCUCUUAUGUACGUUCCAGUGUACAACUUGACCAGAUUCCAAGGUUACAUGAUAGAAAUUAAUGGCGAUGGUCAGUUCAAGCGGGUUCAAGUGUAAGUUUGAGGAGAUUUAAAAAGUUUUUGUUGAUAUUGUUCAGCCAACGUGUUAUGUUAAUUUCCGUGAAUGUUUUUUACCUUUUAAGCUUAGGAAGUUGCCAGAUGGUACUUACCAAUACCCUGUCAACGGACGCAAGGAUAUGUUCAGAAGAAGGAUUCAAUACUGCUUUCACGGUAAGAAAUAUCCAAUGGACCAUGAUCGAGCCUUUGUAUACUUGAACUUCUACAUCAAGAGUAAAACGGAAGCAUAUAACCUGGACAGAGUAUGCGACGAUGACUUUAAAACAGAAGAUCCAGUAACAUUGUUAAAAGAUCUACCGCGUGAAUUAGCCGGUGAAUUCAAUUAUCAAUACUUGGAUACGUGUUUUGUAAGUUCUUUUAUGGCCAAAUGGGUUUGGGUUAGAGUAAAUAGAUUUAGGACAACAUAAGUCUUAAGGAGAGGAUUUCUCCCCAGAAAAAAAAAUUGAAAAAACUCGGCACGGGGGGGGGGCUUUUUUUUCAGCCCACGCUUCCAGCCUAAAGUCACCCGCUCUGUCUUGGUUAGAGCAAUGUAAUAGAACUUUUGUAGUUUGAUAUUUUGUACGUUUUGUCACUUAUGUUGUUUUAGGAGUUUAAAAACAGAACUUGCGUGUAUGACAUCGACAACCCAUCCUACUUGACUUUCUUCGAAGGUAGAAGGAAUCGUAUUGCUUACAUGCGCAAGGGCCUGGUGGUAUACUUGGGCUGCAUUAAUUAUAGAUGCUCGUACUUCAUUCACGACUCAAUAACCGGGUAUGUUAUUUUGUUUAGUUUCUUAAAAUUAAAAAAAAAUCUUAUUGAAGUUUUUUUUUUUAAUUUUAAAAUUUUUUCUUUCUAAUCUAAGACUAACCGUUAGUCUGAUUAUUUUAACCUCUCACAUUUUACAGAACCGACUGGUGGAUCCCGGAUGACAUAAAAGUACAUACUGAUAAAGUCCAUGGUGACAUACGCUCGAUCGUGCCACUACUGAAACUCGACGAUCCGUUUUACGACAGUGAACUUCGCUACAAGUACGUCCCGUCCACCACAACCACUACAACGACAACUACAACCACUACUACCACGACCCUGAAGCCCAUCACUCGGCCAGCUUCAAUAAAACCGCAUGAAAAAAGUAAAGGUGGGAAGGCCGCUUCAGAAGAACAGUUUGCUGGAGAAGAGGACGAAGAUGCUGAUGGAGAUAAUGAAGAAUUUGAAGCCAGAACGGAAGCAAGCUCUUUAGGUCAAAAUGUUGUGUUCAUGUGGAUUGUCGGAUUAAUUUUGUGCAUUCCGUUUUAUUGGGAAUAA